AACGGCUCCGCAGCCUUUACCUGCGCACAGCUUGCCAGCCAUGGUCCCAAGGCUGCAGCGCUGCGUGGGGCUUGUGUGACCAAAAUACAGUACCUGGCACUUGGUCUUGUUAAAGCUCAUACUUGUGGUAGCAGUGGCAGUAUGAAGACGGUUGGACUAGAUGAUCUUAUAGGUCAUUUCCAACCUUGUGAUUCUGUGAUUCUAUGAUACAAUUGGCCUCUGCCCAUUGAUCGAGUCUAUCCAGAUGUAGUCCCCACUGCCCUCAUGCAGAUCAACACUUUCUCACAACUUCCUGAAAUAUGCAAUCUUAGUGAGGGUGCAUUCAGUCCCCUUGUCUAGAUAAUAAAUAAAAAUACUAAACAGGGCACUGAGCAGCAAAACUGUUUCUUGCCUUCCAAAGUCUGUCUGAUGCAAGGAGGAUGAUGUAAGAGUGCUCUUUAGGAAGCUUGAAUGGUUUCUGUUGUUGUUACAGGGAGUCGGACCUAUAUCCUUCUGUCUCUGAGCCAGCAGGAUGGCAUUGAGCAGCACAUGGACUUCGAUGGCCGUUACACCUUGCUGGAGCUGUUUGCUGAGAUGAUGUCCUCUGAAGAGCACUGUGUGUCCUUUGAGGGGAUUCAUCUCCCCCAGAUCCCCGGGAAGCAGCUGUUCGCCCUGGUGAAGCGCUACCUGUGCGUCACUUCUCUCCUGGACAAGCUCAACAGCAGUGAGGAGCAGAGCGAGGAGCGGCAGAAGAGCAGCCGUGUAAAGCAGGAGUUUGAGUUCAGCAUGGCUAUGGCAAGCCUCAUCUUGGAGCUGGUGCACGUGAUGGGCUGGGACCACAGCCACAAGCUGGAGUCACCAUCCCAGCAGGAGACGAAGCCUCGCACCACCCGCUCCAUCUUCCAGCCUAAAACCCCAGCCUGCAUUGCUAACCCAGUGCCUGUGCUCUCUUCUAACCAUGGUUGCCAGAAAAAGCAAAGUUGUGCCUUCAUGACCCCAUCAGACUUUGCUGACCGGAAUGACUAUGUGGAGUAUUUGAAGGCAAACCUUGUGUGUGGCAUGCGGGUGCGCAUGCUGGAGGACUGUGGUGAUGUCAGAGCUGGGGAUGAGGGCGAGUUUCUUCAGGGCAGUUAUAAGAUGCACACAGCACAGGUUUUGUGGCAGUCAACAGGUCAGACCUACUGGAUGCAUUGGCACAUGUUGGAGAUUAUUGGCUUUGGAGAGGAGCGGGAUGAUCCUGGUGGUCAGGACAAAGAGUAUAAUCUGAUAGAGAGCUUUAAUCUAGACAAAGCUGCACAGCCGCUUUUCUCCAAGCCCCCGGGGGGGCUGUACUCGCUGCCUUACCUGGGGGAGCAGCCGAGCAGAGCUGCAGCGACCCUGAGCCGCGCUGAGUGGUGGGAGCUGCUCUUCUUUGUGAAGAAGCUGGAAGCGCAGGAGCAGGAGGAGAUCGUCCGGCUCAUCCAGCAGGAGCACACUGAGCAGCUGCCGGAGCCGGCCGAGGACGCCCUGCUGCAGCUGCCGGUCCCUGCGGAGCUGGCCCAGAAGGUGCUGCAGCACCUGGAGAAGCGGCUUCAGGGCAGCGCUCAGAGCGAGCUGCGCGGCUCCCGUGUCUACGCCAAGUACUUGGCGGGGAGUGCGGCCGAGAGGCGCGGCGGGGACAGUGCCACAAUGUGCUCAGAUGGCAAUGACCCCGGAGCUGUGCCGGCCGAGGUGGCGAAGGAAGAGCUUUCCACAGCCACGGCCCUCAGGUCGGAUUCCCAGCUGUUCUGUGAGCUCCUGGAGAGGGAAGGGCUGCACUUCCCGCAGGCGGAGGAGCAGAGCGAAGCGUGGGGCGGCUGCGAGGGCGGCUGCCUGACCGACGUGCAGCGCGUGGCGGACGCGAUCCUGCGUGGUGACUGCGAGGCAGAGCUGCGCGUGGCCGGGCUGUGGCACGUGGUGAAGGUGCUGGAGGAGGCGCAGGAGCAGCACUGCAGCAAGGCCCAGGGCGGGCCGGAGACCAGGGAGAAGCUGGUGAAGGCGGUCAUGGAGCUGCUGGGUGCUGAGGAGGCCGAGCCGUGCCCGGUGGCGCUGGUGCUGCGGCUGGUGGCCCUGCUGAUGCAGAGGUGUGACUGGUGUGUGCCCUUCGCCACAGAGGGAGGUGUGCGGGCGGUGCUGGCCUGCAUGCGGCAGCACGCGGCCUCGGCCCUGGUGCAGCAGGCCGGCCUGGCGGCCCUGAAGGUGCUGGUGGGAGCUGGAGGUGCCAGCGGGAAGCCGUCGCUGCUGAGCCACGCCGACGCGCAGAUGAUGCGGGAGAUCUUUGCCAGCAUCGGCUCUGCCUGCGGCGAGGGCUCACCCGGCCUGCUGGCUGCCAUCCCCGCCGCCAUCCGUGCCAUGCAGGGCCUGCCAGGGGGCAACUCGGGUGUGCAGAAUGGGCUGCUGGUGGUGAGGAUGCUGGUGGACGGGCACCGAGAAAGGAAGAGGAAUGUCCUCUGCUGCCUCAUCACCCGCAUUCUCAAGGUGGAAAAGCAGCUGCACAUUGACAACCUGGUGUUUAAGGUGAUUGAUGCCUGUGAGAAGGGUGAGCUGGGGCCAGGUCUGCAGUUCCUGAGCUUCUGCUGUCACAGUGUGGAUGUGCUGUCCUGUGUCCUGCACCUGCUGAACCAAGGCUACCUCCGGCGCCAGGAUGAGAGGCCUCAUGUCCUGGAGUACGUCUCUGCUGAACACACAUCACCUCUUGGAGGCCAGGCACAGAUGGUUUUCCAGAGAAGACUGCCAGACUCUUCUUCGGAUGACAACAGCACAGACUGUCUGAAUUGGUUGAAUCCCAGCAUAGAAAAAUCAGAGGAGUUUCUGCUGGCAAUGCUGCAAGUGCCGAUGGGGCACACACUUAGCCUGGAGGAAGCAAAACUGCUCAUGAAUCAAACUGUACAACAGGUCCAGGAUACCCUGAGCAUCCCGGAGGAUGUUGCUCGACACCUCCUAAUGCACUGCAGGUGGAAUGUGGAUUUUCUCAUCCAGUGUUAUGUAGAGGACCAUGAAUCUCUGCUCAUCUCCUCGGGGCUCCGGGUGGAAAAUGCCCAGUGCCCUCCAAGCCCAGGAACCCACUGCCCAGUCUGUGUGAACCAGCUGUGUCCCACUGAGAAGCCACCCACCCUCUGCUGCAUGCAUUACUGCUGCAAGCCUUGUUGGAAUGAGUAUCUCACAACUCGCAUUGAACAGAACAUGGUCCUCAGCUGCACCUGUCCCAUCUCUGAGUGCUGUGCACAGCCGACCACAGCAUUCAUCUAUUCCAUUGUUUCCUCCAAGGAGGUUAUAGCCAAGUAUGAAAAAGCCCUUCUCAGAUGCUAUGUGGAAUGUUGUUCCAACCUGACAUGGUGCACCAACCCUCAGGGAUGUGAUCAGAUCCUUCUUAAGGAUGGACUUGGUUAUGAGGCAGCCUGUUCCAAGUGCUCCUGGAUAUCUUGUUUCAACUGCAACUUCCCAGAGGCCCAUUAUCCUGCUAGCUGCAGCCACAUGUCUCAGUGGGUGGAUGACGAUGGCUACUAUGAGGGAAUGACAAGUGAAGCCCAAAGCAAGCAUCUGGCUAAACUCAUUUCAAAGCACUGUCCAAACUGCCAAGCUCAGAUAGAGAAAAAUGAGGGGUGUCUGCAUAUGACGUGUGCCAAGUGUAAUCAUGGCUUCUGCUGGCGUUGCCUCAAGCCCUGGAGGCCAACUCAUAAGGAUUAUUACAACUGCUCUGUUAUGGUGAGUAAGGCAGCUUGGCAGGAGAAGCGUUUCCAGGAUUACAAUGAGAGAUGCACCUCUCAUCAUCGUGCGAGGGAAUUUGCUGUGAGUCUGAGGAACAAGGUUUCUUCCAUGAGUGAGAUACCGAAAAUUAGGACUUUGACCUUUGUUCUCCAUGCCUGCAAAGUGCUGGAACAGGCACGGAAGGUGCUGGCCUACUCCUGUGUGUACAGCUAUUACAACCAGGACACGGAAAGCGUCGAUAUUGUGGAACAGCAGACUGAGAGCCUAGAGCUUCACACAAAUGCUCUGCAGAUCCUUCUAGAGGAAACCCUGCUGCGGUUCCAGGACCUGGCUUCUUCUCUUCGACUUCUGAAAGCAGAGCAUUUCAGUACUGGUUUGGAGUUGGUGCAUCGGAUCAAGGAGCGUCUCUUUGCAAUUCUCUGGCACUCCACACAGGAUUUCCGUAUUGGGCUUGAGGCUUUGGCAGAUCCUGCUCAGACUAAGGUGAAACUCUCAAAUGUGCCUUCUUCGUCCACUGCCUCUUUAGGGCCCAAAAGUGCCAUCUUGUGCAAGUCCCCCGACACAGAUGAAGAUGGCAGUGAGGUUGAAGAUGAGGAGUAUGAACCACACUGGCAGGAAGACUAUGACGAUGAUGACGACGAUGACCUAGAUGAAGACAACUUUCUGUUUUAUGAUGAGUCAGAUAACCUUGAUUGUGACUCCUACUUUGAUGAUGAUGAUGCCUAUGACUAGAGAUGGGCUGCUGUCAUCCGACCUGCCAGUCUGGGUCUCUGCCUCCUUGCUGCAGUGACCGGUUUAUCUUUGUUUCUUUUUUCAAAAACAGUGAGGAGCUCUGAGGCAGAAUUAAGAGACAUUCUUUGGGAGCUGCUUCCUCCUUAACUCUCCUUUAAUAUGCACAACUGUUGCUCUGGACAGAUGGGCUGUAUUACUGUGGUGAUACUUCCCAGAAAAGAACAUCUCUUGUUUCUAUUUCCACCCUAUUUACAGUCAUCUAGUUGAGUUAGAAAGUCACAGCUUGGUUCCAAAUUGAGGACUGUGUGGCACCUGUUAAAGGAAUUAAGAGUUCAGUCCUUUGGAGUGAUCUCCUGAAGUCCUGUGGCCAAUGUCCUUGCAUGACACUGUAUAAUCUAGUCAGUGUAUAGAAAUAUUGUGAAGCAGUGUGUUAACACUCAAGCCAAAGCCAAAGCCUGGAGCUGAUGGGGUUCCCUCCAGAGCCACAGAUGGACAUGGCUCAGUGCAUUGCUCCAUCUGAGGGGGACACUGUUUUUACUGUUUGUUCUUGGAGCUGUCUUCUCUGCUAUGAGGCAGGAUGGGCUGUUACCAGUAUAGGCACUGGUUUGCAGGGCUGCAUUUAAGUGUAUAAAUGCAUGCAUGUACAUACAUCUAUAAAAAAUACAUACAUAUACAGAGGUUGUUGGGAAUGUACGUUAUCUUUUCAAAAAAAAAAAAACAAAAAAACCCUGAAGAACAAGGGUUGAAAAAAAUCUCUUUAUAAAAGUUUUUCUUUCCUAACACUAGCCUCCUUGUGGUCAAUAGGGGACAUGACAUGGGUGCAGAGGGAGAGAAGUGAUCUAGAUGAGCCCAGUCCAGGAAUUGUGAAAUUGUUGAAGGUUUGGGAUCCUCCCCCAUUCAGACAGAGGGAUGGCAAAGAGGACAGAGUACCGGGGGGGAGGGAAACAAGUAGUUCUCCUUGAGGUGUAUUGCUGAUAAAAAGAAGAACCCUCAAUGUAAACCCUCAUCUUAAGCCAAACCACGACCCAAAGCUGGACAACAUCCUCCAAUCACACAGAUGAAGGCAAUCCCUUUAAUCUCACAGCAGCCCCAGAGCGCUGCUAGAGCUAGGGUUGUGUGGAUGGGGAGACAGGACAGAGAGGUUCACUCUCUCCUUGCACAUCAUCCAGCUUCCUCUUUGUCCUCUAGUUUUGUCUCCUGUAAAGCUCUGCCUGUCCUCGUGGUGUCUCCCAAGCCCACAUCUCCAGGCCAGAGCUGGCUGCCAGCCUACAUCAUGUUCUGAGCCACGCUCUGGCACUUAGAGCAGAGCCAUUCUUUAGCAGGCUUCGAAGGAAG